ACCCUGUAUAUAUUAUCAGACUUGGCGUUGUUAUUAAAAUAGGAAAGGUCAGUGCACUCCACACUGAUCUUCCAACUAAAUUCUUUGUUAACCCUGCUUUCUAUUCUCAAUUUUGGAAUGACUUGUCUUAUCCGGUCGCCUGAGAUUUAUUCACGGGUUGACAAAAGAAAUAAUUUCAAACACCUUUCAAACGCACAAACAAAUAAAGGUCAGUUACUUGUUAUAUAAUCCAAUAAACUACAUGUGCAAUUGUAAUUAUUUUAACUUUCCAAUUUAUAACGACACCAAAGGAGUUGGUCUCUGUCAUUCGAGUGAAACUGUGUUAAAAUUUACUGUCGGUCUCGAUUUCGAUGGCAAAAAUUUGACAUAAAUUUGGAUGAUUCGUCGAAUUGAGAUUUUUUCCUGAGAGUAUUAGAAACUGGAUGUGUACCAAUGACGAUAAUGUGCUGGCAAACAAAAGAUUAUAAAUAAAUGUAAAGUAUUCAGCUCGCACGCGACUGGCAGCAACCUGCGAGCGUAUAGAACUGCAAACACCUGGUGGGCGGGAAUUUUAAAAGUAGUGAAACUUUUGAGGAAGCAAUAGAUUAAUACUGGACAGUUUGUCCGUGUUAUUAUUGUUGAAGUUAUGUAACAAUCAGCGCAAUAGAUAGUUGUUGACAUAAAACUAAAUACAAUGCAGAAACUGCCAAUGCGAAACAAAUCGAGGAGUUGUUGUGCAAAAUGUUUUCUAGGCACCGUUUUGUACAUCUUUAUUUUAUUGCUGCUCCUCUUCCUAAUAAUCUUCGUGGUAGUGCCUGUAGUUUUUAAGUACAGCACCGGGAUUCAACAGAAUCUCAUAUUCCCUACAUGGAUCAUCCAGGCGGAGAAUUACACUAACGUAGAGGCGUUCGGUAUAAAGGGAGUUAAAAAUUUCUAUUUAAACUUAGAGAACGAGGACAAUGUGACGCUAGGCAUCUGGCACAUCCUGCCGUUCGAAAUACUCAGCGACGUUAUAGACAAUAACGAUUACAACUAUGACGGAAUUUUGGAAAAUGCAAACUACAAUAUCCUGCUGUACCUCCACGGGAACGGGGGCGACAGAACCUCCAGCUUGGAGCUGUACGAGAUCCUACGGAGGUACUUUCAGAUAUUCGCGGUGGAUUAUCGAGGGUACGCCGACUCUUCCAAAGCCAAAAUGGGCGAAUCCGGCAUCGUCGCGGACAUCGUACAGCUUUACAAAUGGCUGAGGACGAAAAGUAAAUCAAAGAUUUUCUUCUGGGGCCAUUCCUUGGGCACGGGGGUGGCGUCACAUGCGAUCGCAAACUUGAAACGGGAUAAUAUCAGUUCCCACGGUGUGGUUCUGGAAGCGCCGUUCACUUCCGUCACCGACGUCAUGAAAACUCAUCCUGUUGUUAAGGUAUUCUCCUUUCUGCCCUGGUUUUCGAUAACCAUAAUAGACCCGAUAAUUGGAAACGAUUUAAACUUCAACGUAAAGGCUUACAUUUUGGACGUGGACUGCCCCGUAAUGAUUUUGCACGCUAAGGACGACGACAUAAUCUCUUAUAAUUUUGCGACAGAAGUCUAUAACACUGCCGUGAACAGCAGGAAUUACACGUAUCAAGGGAACGUCACGUACCACCUUUUCGACGUUCUGAAUUACGGUCAUAUGUACCUUUAUAAAGCUCCGGAACUAUCCAGCUACGUUGGCGAUUUCAUCGCGGAAUGUGAUAAUUUUGAAAGACAAAUCCACAACUAAUAUUUAUUAUUGGAAUGGAGUGUAUACCUAAUUAUUUUGUAAUAGAUUUUGCACUGAAAUA